AUUGGCUGGCUGCUCUAAUUUAACAUUAGUUUCAAGAGUCACUUUAAAAGCCUCUGUUGUUUACCUUAGCUUAGCUUAGCUUUUCGGGUUAGCUUAGCUGGUAGCAGCAGCAGCUGUUUAUAUACUGUUGAACACAGAGGAACUACAGACUGUGAAUAUACAGAUACAGAGAUAUACAGAUACAGAUACAGCCGGAGGGCCAGCAUGGAGGACAGGUACAUCAAACCAGGUAACCAGGAGAGGGGCUGGAACGACCCCCCCCAGUUCUCCUACGGCCUCCAGAAGGCCCGCGGGCCUCAGAGGAGCCUCCUGACCCGGAGAGCAGGCGCUGUGGCCCCGCCCCCUCCCUCCACCAACCCUCUGGCUCCACCUCCAGGCGAUGUGGCUCCGCCUCCAGGCAAUGUGGCCCCGCCUCCUCCCUCCACCGACCCUCUGGCUCCGCCUCCAGGUGCUGUGGCCCCGCCCCCUCUGCACCCAGCCCGCCCUCCUGCCAGCUGUGUGGCCACGCCCCCUCCCCCUCUGGGACCAAUGAGAGGCCAGAGAGAGGCGGACAGCAGCCAAUCAGAGAGUGAGCCUGAUGCAGAGCGAGUGAUGUCCGUCCUGAACCGAGCGCUGAGCGCCUGCCGACACAACGCCAGCGAUCAGGUGUGCAGUGACGUGGCGAAGAGGCUCCGCCUCCUGGAGGUCAGCUGGAGGGGGGGGCGGCUCAGCCUCCCAGUGAGGAGACGCAUGGAGAGCCUGACUCUGGAUCUGCAGAUGGGUCAGUGGGAUUCUGCUGAUGAGCGUCACCUGUCUCUGAUGGUGGAUCAUGUGACUGAGGUCAGCCAAUGGAUCGUCGGCGUCAAGCGCCUCAUCGCUGAGACCCGGAAACUGAGUCCAGAACUCCUGGAGAACCUCAAAGAACCCCUGAAGAACCUCAAAGAACCCCUGAAGAACCUCAAAGAACCCCUGGAGAACAUCAAAGAAUCCCUGGAGAACCUCAAAGAACCCCUGAAGAACCUCAAAGAACCCCUGGAGAACAUCAAAGAAUCCCUGGAGAACCCCAAAGUACCCCUGGAGAACCUCAAAGAAUCCCUGGAGAACCCCAAUGAACCAAAACCAGUACAGAACCCUUCAGAACCAGAAUCCUGAUCUUGAUCCUGGACCUGAUCCUCAGCAGUAACUGUUUUCUGAUCCUGUUCUCCUCUGGUCUCUGUGAUAAACCUGGUUCUGGUCUCUGUGAUAAACCUGGUUCUGGUCUCUGUGAUAAACCUGGUUCUGGUCUCUGUGAUAAACCAGGUUCUGGUCUCUGUGAUAAACCUGGUUCUGGUCUCUCUGAUAAACCAGGUUCUGGUCUCUGUGAUAAACCUGGUUCUGGUCUCUCUAAUAAACCUGGUUCUGGUCUCUGUGAUAAACCUGGUUCUGGUCUCUCUAAUAAACCUGGUUCUGGUCUCUCUAAUAAACCAGGUUCUGCU